CUCCAUUAGCGGUUGCAGCGAUGGCAGAAGGGAAACCAUAUCGGUAUGGGCUGAUAGCGGCGGGCCUGUGUGUCGCGGCAGUCGGCCUCUUCAUCAUGACUCAGGAGCGACCGCACAUCUACGCCACAAUGUGCGUCUUGGGCGUCAGCAUGGUGUGUGUCGGGACUGUGUGGAGCUUCUGCCAGUGCUAUCCCAAGGUCGUUUUGGCUCCUGAGAUUCAAGAGAAAAACCUGGAGGAUCUAGUGUUAACUGCAGCUGGUGGAAAAGACGAAAGGCAUGCUGAGGCUCUGCCAGGUUUCUGUGGCCAGAAGUGGAGCAGCAGCAGACUUCUUCCCGAAGCCCAGAGGAGCCGGUGUCACAGCUGUCCCACGCUGCACCUGGUCUGAGGGAGGGACGCCAUCAUCAGGGGACUCCUUGUUGGUCCAAUCAAAACACUCAGCAACGAGAUCCUCCAGUCUCUCUGGUCUUUUUGUAAAUGAUAGCAUCACUCAAACAUGAUGCUGAU